AUGCGGGACGACCUUGCACCGUUGGACGACGUCAGCUUCGGUGGUUUGCCCAAUUCCUCGAUAUGGCCUUCUUUCGAGAUGGACCUUGUCGAAUUUCCCGGGAUUGAUGCGUUGAUGGGAGACCUUGGGGCUCACCAGCUCGAUGCCCCUCUCGUUUCGGGUGGCACCUUCGACUCAGGCGGGCCCGACCGUAACCGGCCGAGCAGUGGUGACGCUGAGCUGGAGGGACUGGGUGGGCCUCCGUCCUUGGAUAGGAACAAUCCCAGCGUCCUCAAUGAAGACACGUCGUUAUUGCUUUUCGCGAACAAUCCGUCCGCCCGCCGCCUCGACCUAGAGGGCUACGACCCCCCCAAGCAGGCUACGAUCCAGGCUCUUGCCGCAAAGCUCGACCUCGACUAUGCCUACGAUCCUUUCGUCGGGGUAAUACGGCUGCAGAAGGGGGGGAGUGGUAGACCUUCCCUUGAACGGUAUGCCCAGCAGAAAGGCACAGCUCCAGGCCUAACUACCGCUUUUAAAGAUCCUAUAUCUUCACCCCUUCUACAGUGGGAGUUCGGCAAUGACGCCAGGAAUCAACAUUACAGUAUUCCCAAGACAAACGAACCAUCCUCGCACCUAUGCGGCAGCGUUGAGAUGGGUAUCGAUUCUCGACCCAGGAGCUACGACUCGUGGAGAGAAACGGGCUAUCACUCUUCGGGAACUAAUAUACACGACUACGACUUGGGGGGUGAGCUGGGCCUUGGCUCGAAUAGCCCGCGAGUGGCGCCCUCCUUGUUACGCCGAGGCCCCUGGCCUGGGUCGACGCUCACUCUUAAGGAUGUCGGGGCAUGUUGGAGGUGCAAGAUCCUACGCAAGGGGUGUGACUCGGAACAACCUUGCAAAGCUUGUACUAGGCCAGCCAUGAACAAUAAGUCCAGGUGGCAGGCCAUCGGUUGCAAGCGCGGCUCCCUUUUGGAUUACAUGUCUCCGGUGAUGCUUUGCCCAAAGGCCAAUGCUACUCGAGAGGCCAACAUCGAAGAAUCCAUCGGCGCCUCCCCGCAAGUACCGGAGACUCCGAUAGACUAUACCGCCGAACUAUGUCUCGAGGACGCGUCGAGUCGCCUUGAUGCUAUCUUUGCGUCAGAAAAGGAUUCGUUUGACAAGGUGGUACUAGAUAUUUUGUGUUUGCCUUUAGUUACCGUGACCAGUAUUCCACUUUCUCGGAGACACGACAUCGAUGCGAAUGUCAUACACAUAGCCUGGGGACUUGUUGAUAUCCCGUCGGCCAAGAAUAUCUUGUGUAUUGACUCGGUUGAGGAUACCCUCGAAGUCCUCAAGGCAGCUAUUACCUACGAAAAGGAGUAUGGCCUGUCGCCCAUCAUCCCGAUGGCUAUCGAGUGCUUCCGGAACUGCAUCGAAAUACUACGACUCCUUGGCGGUGGUGUUCCGCUAUCCCAGCUACAUAACGGCUGCACUCUCGGCGAUUGCCAGGCCCAACCGUUUCUUAAGCUUGGCGCGAACAUCAAAUCAUUUACGAAUGAACUAUCAAAGGUAAUAUUCCGGAAAGAGAAUCGGCUUAAUGAUAAAAGAUGGUGGCUGUCGACGUUCUACAGCCUCUGGAUCCAGUCUUACGUCCGCCGAACCAUCCUGUUCGUAGAAAGCCAUUUCAAGGCCCAAGGCCAUUCGGAGCCCGACUCGGAGAUCCGGUGUGCUUGUCCAGCCUACCUCCUCCUUUCUUUGGAGGUUUUUGACGCUUCAUCCGCUUCAUUCGACCCCCUGGUGUCGACUUGGUCACUUGACAAGGAGCCACCGAAUAUGGAUCUGAGACUUAUUAAAUACUACCGGUUGGCCCAGAAAGCUCUCUUUAGAGAACAAGGGGUACGCGACAUUGGAAGUUCUAUCGACUACUUGAGGCGCUUGUAUCACGAUUGUGAUAUGAUAUUUACUACCUAUACACAGGGAGACAUCCGGCCCGUGUCGAUAAGAAGACCUAGGAGGGCGGCCGAAAGCAACGCGGUUCCACCAGCAUUACCUCUAAGGCAAACCCCCCUCCAGCUUGCUACAUCAGCAAGAUCCGAAGAUCAAUCCUUGGUCCCCGUCAAAGCUAGGUCUGGCGCCAAGAGACGCGCCGGAUCGCUUCUAAAAGAUGUUGAGUUCAUUCGACGAAACGGAAGUUCUUCUAGCAUGCCGGAUAACAGAGACAUACGAAGCCGCGGGGUUUCAUUGGGAAGCCCCGCAUCUCCGGUGUCCUCUGCGUAUUCGGUCGCGUACGAAACCAGUAGCUCCGUUAGAUGGAGUGGAAGCGCGGAGGGCCUGAUGGUGUAUGGGACGGGUCCCCCCGACGGUCGAGAUCACUUUGAUUAUUUCGGCCCUUCGAAGGGGCAUCGGCCGAGACUGCACUACAAAAGCAGCAAUGAGAGUCUGGUAGAAAUAUCGAGGACGCUCAAUAAGCGAGGCUCGACCAAUGAGAAGAUUAACGACGCCGCCGACAGCCCUCGGGAGCCCUUAGUCUGCGAUUGUUGCCCUAAAAGACCCAAGAGAUUCGAUACCAUCGAAGAAUUGAGAGCCCACGCAACAGGGAAACAGCACGAGUGUUCCUACUGCGGUAGCCGUUUCAAGUCCAAGAACGAAGCGGAGAGGCACCAGAAUAGUCUCCAUUUGCGAAGACAUGCCUGGUCGUGCUCGGCGAUUCUAAAGAUCGGCUACAAGGGCGUUUUCCAUGGGAGCGUCAGCCAACCGGGAGUCGCCGAUACGUGCGGGUACUGCGGAAAGGACUUUGGCCGCAACGGGGGAGAUGGUACGAGCAGGCUAGUCGACGAGAAGGACUGGGACUACCGGUGCGCCCACCUCAAAGAGGCUCACAGAUUCGGCGAGUGCGACGCGGAGAAGAGGUUCUAUCGCGCGGAUCACUUCCGCCAGCACCUCAAGCACUGUCACGCAGGUGUACUAGGCAAAUGGAUCAAUAUGUUGGGGAACAGUUGCAUGCUCGAGCUUCCCCCUCCGGGAGAGCCGGCGAACAGUUUCUGAAGAGUGAUACCACCCUCCACCCUCCUCACACCGAGUUACUGUCGGCAUUGGGAUACCAAAUUCAUAGCGUUCUUAUAGUGCCGGGUGCUUUUCGUUGCAUUAGUAGGAAUAGAGGGACGGAUAAUACCGUCUCUCUAACCAAGGCAGGAUCGGCGUAGAACCUUGCCUCACUACGACGCUCAACACAGGGCGGUUGCUCUAUUGACCUCCAUACUAUUCAUUACGGUGCUUUUUUCUUAUAGUUUUUACUAUCUACGAACCGCCACGGGAAGCACCCUACGGAAUUGUUAGCACCAUUAGC